AUGACUUUGUUCCCCACCAAGUUUGAAAAUGGGAAGAUUGAGUACAAGAUAAGGUACAAGGGGAGAUCAAGGCCAUUCUCUAGAGCCAAGGCCUUGGUGACUUCAGAACAGUCCAGGGACCCAACCAAGCUAAAGGAGCUUCUGUCUCAAGUCCUCACUAUCACCCUUGAUGGGUCAAGAGAGCCAGCUCGACCACAACUCGACCGAGGUAAGUUUUUGAAUUUCAAAUUCAUAACCGUUUUCUUGGUCAAGGCUCGAUUUCCCAUUGCCCCUCAUGGAGUCAAUCAACCACCAUCACCACCAUCAUCACCACCACCCAGUGGUAUGUCAAUUCCAUAUCAAGAGAGAAGCUUGCUGAGUUCAAUCAGUUUGUCCAAACUCUUCCAGCCAGCAUGUCUUUCAAACAAGCUUGGCGCCACUACCCAUUCACCACCUUUCUUCCACAACUGCAAGGAGACACCUGAGGACAUAAAAGAGCUUUUUGAGAAAGCUAAAGUUCAGCCAACCUUCAAGACCCUCUACAAGAUUGAAGACCCAGGUCAAUUCUCUAUUCCCUGUCAAGUAAAUGGUCAUUACUUUGAUAGAACACUAUGCGAUUCUGGCUCUUGCAUAAACCUCAUGCCAACCCAAACCGCCAAACUCCUUGGCAUCACACGCUUGCAACCUGCUCAAAUUAGUAUUGGACUUGCUAACCAUACUAUAGCCAAGCCAAGAGGAGUUGUUGUUGAUGUUCUUCUAGAGAUUGGAGAUAUCAAGAUCCCGGUGGACUUUCAUGUCAUAAACAUUCAAGGAGGAUGUGACACACCAUUGAUACUAGGCCGACCCUUUUUGGCCACUGCUGGAGCUGUCAUGGACCUUCCAAACCGGCGAAUGUCCUUAGCCAAUGUUGACAAGACAGUCUUUUACAAGACCAUACCAUUCAUCUCACCAAACAAGCUGUCUUACCUCAUCACUGCCCAAGGCCGCCCAAGAGAGCCACCAGACCACACUCAAGGUCACAAUGAGACAAGAACUAAAAGACUAUGUCUCAGGCCGUGCCCUUACCCCAUCUCCAACUAA